GUGUGUUCGCAGUUGAGGGGCGGGCAGUGGAGCGGCAGCUCCGGCUCCGGCCGAGGCAGCGCGGUGUGUGGUGUGAGCCGAGCCGCCCGCGCCCCGCGGCUCCCCCUGCCGGAGGCAGCGCACAGGUGAGAGGAAUAGAAGAGAAAGGACGUGUCGUUUGUGAGGACGCUAAGGAAGUUUACAGCGUUCUGGAAUGGAUUAAUUUGUGACGCCUUUGAUAUGUGAGAGCUCCGCUUUGCCUUCCCCUCGGCCUGGCUGCUGCUGGUGGACCUGAGCCGACGUGACUGCAGCAAGCCCAGCAAGACCGGUCCUCAUCACUAACGGAACGUAACCAAGUGUGAUGCUGAAAUGAGAUGAGGCUCCGAAAUGGAACUGUGGCCACCGUGUUAGUUUUCAUCACUACUUUCCUCAGUUUGUCCUGGUAUACUGCAUGGCAAAAUGGGAAAGAAAAGUUGAUUGCAUAUCAGCGAGAAUUUCAUGCUUUGAAGGAGCGUCUUCGUAUCGCUGAGCACCGGACUCUACAACGCUCUUCUGAGCUGAAUGCUAUCCUGGAGCAGUUCAGACGUGCUGUAGCAGAAACAAAUGGAAGUAAGAAUGCACUGAAUAAUUUUUCAGAUGAGACGCUGAAAUUACUGAAAGAACUAACAAGUAAAAAAUCUCUUCAAGUGCCAAAUAUUUAUUACCAUUUGCCUCAUUUGUUGAAAAAUGAAGGAAGCCUUCAACCUUCUGUGCAGGUUGGCCUUGGAAGGACAGGAGUUUCCAUUGUAAUGGGAAUACCUACAGUGAAAAGAAAAGUCAAGUCAUACCUUACAGAAACUCUCCACUCCCUUAUUGAUAAGUUGUCCCCUGAAGAAAAACUGGAUUGUGUUAUGGUCGUCUUUAUAGGAGAGACCGAUCUUGAUUACGUUAACAAUGUUGUUGCGAGCCUGGAAAAAGAAUUUUCUACAGAGAUCAAUUCUGGGUUGGUGGAAGUAAUAGCCCCUCCUGCAACGUACUAUCCUGAUUUGACAAACUUGAAAGAGACGUUUGGAGACUCAAAAGAGAGAGUGAGAUGGAGAACAAAACAAAACUUGGAUUACUGUUUUCUUAUGAUGUACGCCCAGAAAAAGGGAGUUUAUUACAUCCAGCUUGAAGAUGACAUUGUUGUCAAGCAGAAUUACUUCAGCACAAUAAAAAACUUUGCACUUCAGCUCGCUUCUGAAGAUUGGAUGAUUCUGGAAUUUUCUCAGCUGGGUUUCAUUGGUAAAAUGUUCCAGUCUCCAGAUAUCACUCUUAUUGUAGAGUUCAUAUUUAUGUUUUAUAAGGAGAAACCAAUUGACUGGCUUCUAGACCAUAUCCUCUGGGUGAAAGUGUGUAACCCUGAAAAAGAUGCUAAACAUUGUGAUCGGCAGAAAUCAAAUCUACGGAUACGCUUCAGGCCUUCUCUGUUCCAGCAUGUUGGCCUCCACUCCUCCCUGGCAGGGAAGAUCCAGAAACUCACAGAUAAAGACUUCCUGAAACCACUGCUGCAUAAGAUCCACGUGAAUCCACCUGCAGAGGUUUCCACAUCUUUAAAAGUCUAUCAGGGGCAUACGUUAGAAAAAACCUAUGUAGGGGAAGAUUUUUUCUGGGCCGUCACACCAGUCGCUGGGGAUUAUAUUCUAUUUAAAUUUGACAAGCCCGUCAAUGUAGAAAGGUACUUGUUCCACAGUGGCAAUCCAGAGCAUCCAGGAGACAUACUUCUAAACACAACCGUGGAAGUUUUGCCUUUUCAGAAUGAAGAAUUGGUAUUAAGCAAAGAAACCAAAGACAAACGCUUGGAGGAUGGUUACUUCAGAAUAGGGAAGUUUGAAAACGGUGUAGCUGAAGGAACGGUUGACCCCAGCCUAAACCCUAUUGCAUCAUUCCGGCUUUCAGUAAUACAGAAUUCAGCAGUCUGGGCAAUUCUGAAUGAGAUUCAUAUUAAAAAGAUGACAAACUGAUCGUCAAAGGGAUAAGAAGGAGGGAUAAGAAGGAAUCCUUGAAACCUUUUUCCUAUAAAGUCUGACAUCCUUAACCAGUCACAGAUUGCAAAUACUGAGCAUGCACCUUAUUCCAAAUUCUUCGUUUUCACUUGAACUCUACCUCUCGUGAAAUCUACUGUAGAUGAGAAGAUUGUAUUGACCCCUUCUUAUCUGAUCCAUCCAGAAACUGACGCUCCACACUGAUAAUGUUCAUCUGAGGCCUAAGUUGCCCUCCACUUCAACGUGACUUUACCAUCUUACGGUUGCAGAACCCUACUACGCUUAAUCUGUACUAUUUUGAUAGUAUGGUAAUAUAGAGAAGUUGUACAUAUUGUUACAUUCCUGAAAGAAGAAAAAUAUAUAAUUAUUGUUAAAUAUGUUUUAUGAAGGGGGUACUUUCGGAGUUUCAUUUAUUUUCUAUAACAAGAGCCCUCUUUUAUAGAUCGUCAGGGAUAUAUAUUAAAAAUGUUAGGGAUGUUUAAUUUAUUGAAAUAAUUUGAAAAGUACAUAUUUUUAUGCAGUAAAAUUUUAAAUUGAUAUAGUUUUUCUUAUGAAUUCUCUAGUUUAAGUUAUCUUUCUGCAUUUUUCUUUGCAGAUGCAAACAUAAAUUAAUACCAUAUUUCAAAUAUACUGCCAUGUUACAAAGGAAAACGACGAGUUUAAGUUUCCAAAUGACGUAGUUUUGUACACGGCAUUGGAAUUCAGUUCAGAGGCAUUUAACAGAGUUCUAAAGAGGAUUCUUCUUUGGAACGAUGGGAUUCCACUAUGUACAGUUUGUAGCCACACGAAGAGCAUGUUGAAACGUCUGAUUUCAUAUGAUGUACUAAACGUGCAGUGAUUUUAGAUACAAUAACCCAUUGCCUUUUAGAAGAGUUUUUCAACUCCAAACUGUUCUUUCUUAAAAAAAAAACAAAAGAGAAAGGAAAAAAAAAGAAAAAAAGAAAAAAAGAAGAAGAAAAAAACAAAACAACAAAACUUUUUAGACAUUUCCUAGCCUGGAUAAAUUCAUUUUCUAUACUGAAAGAACUAUUCCCCAGCUUUGCUUUGGAGUGACAGAAGUGAACUUCUUUCAAAAGGGUUAAUAGUAAUGAGACACAGUCAGUCUACAGAGGUCUUCUUUUAAGCAGUUACUGCAGUGUUUCCUUUAGAUACAUCACAGUGAGUAGCUCUGGUUUAUUUAUGUUUUCUUUUAUUGCUCAAAAGUAAGGUUUUGGAUUGACUCCUUCCGUGAUCAAUGUAAUAGCUUGCUCUUAUUAAACUAAGAAGUGAGUUGGGCCUCAAGUUAGUUAGUGCCCUGCCUUUUUGUUGCAGAGGACACAACAGUGAUCUUAAAUUGGAAACUGUCGGGAAAAGGGGUUUGGAUUAAAUCCGGAGUUGAAUUGUUGCAGUACUAAUGCUGCCACCGUUCUUAAGAGUCCUUCAGCCUAGGUGAAGGUGCUUAUGACACAGAUGUGGGAAGAUAUAAGUUAUAUGGUCAGAGAUGGUCAGGAAGAAGAGGCAGGGUUUCCUCUCCAGCAGGAAUGAAGUGCCUGAUUGAUGCUGGAAGGAGGCCUCUCCCUGCCCUGGGGAUUCUCAACCAUGCUGCGAAGCAGCCUCUCGAAACAGACAUCUCAAAAGCUGGCGCAGUUUUCCUUAUGAGGAGGAGCUCCCUUAUCCUCAGCAACUCUGUGGUCAGGGCACAGACGUGCAAAGCCUGCUGCAGGGUCUGUAAUCUAGGGUGAAGAUCUUGGAUUCAUGUCUCUAGCAGGAAAGUUCUAAUAGGUUUGGCCUCUCUUUAGUGACCUACUGUUAAGGAGCAGGAGCCUAGACCUGACUCCAGCACUGAAAGCUAAGAGCUAUCACCACUGGAAUACAGGCUCAACUUGUCUUUUCUGCUGCCUCCUUGGCUAAUUGUGUUGUAGCUUAGCCAGAGCAGCAGUACUUCUACAGACCAGUCACUUUGUCUGAGGACAUAAGGAAGAUAAGAUUUGUACACAGAAGUCCUAUGUAAAUGGACACGUUUAAGUUGAAAAAAUAAGAAACCUAUCAGGCAAACCUUGUUUGCUUUUAUUUGUCCUGAUUAUAUCAGAUGCUGUAAAUAAAAGUGAGGAAGGCUGGCUCAAAAUUCUACCUGAAUCUAGCCUGGUGUGCUGCUGUAUCCCAGUUUGCUGUAUGUACAAUGCCAUUCCAUCCAAAUAUUAGCCUGCAGUGGCUUUUUAUCACACAUUAACUGGCAUAAGUCAGUAGAAGAAGUAGGUUUUCUUCUCAGUUGUGUCUGUGAAUGAAUGAUGCAGGCAAGGCAGGCUUUAGCUACUUACUGUGGUUUUGAUUGCAUUAAGUACCAUAGUUUCUUAAAAUAAGUUGUUUUGUUGGUAGUGAUUGCUUUCUUUUUCCACGAGUCCCUAUGUUCACUGGUACCAUUUAUUGAUCAUGUGCUUACUGUCAAAGCAUUGCUGUUUCUAAUGUUUCAGUUUAAGAUGAAUCAUUGACAACAGAUGUAAUUAGAUAAACCCCUUUCAGCAUUCACUACCAUGCUGGGGGGUUACGUUUAGUUCUCAAGAACAUCAAGAUGACAUUUAUCAGAAGCAACAAAUUGACUAGAGCUCGAUAAAGCACAGAGGCUUUGGUUUUGUUUCUUCUUAAAGAUGACUGCAUUCUUAUUGCAUUGUAGCAGCAGGAGUUGGGCUCCCUUAAUGCUUACGAUCUUCUUGAGCUUACGUACUUCUGCAAUAAUUGUGCCACAAAUGAAGUUUUGUAGAUUCAGGUAAAUUCAGACCGAGAACUGCUUGGAAAUUAUCUCCACGGCGCUAUUUUGGGCUUUCCAAUUCUAAUCCUUAAGUCGGUCUAAUGAAGUGCAAGUCUCCUUCCUGGAAUUACUGCUGAAAUAAGAACGCUUUGGCUGCUUGGUUCAGCAGUCACUGCCUCAGGUACUCUGUGACGGGGUGUGAUCCACAUGGGCCGUGUAUCGCAGACGUGCCAUGAGUUAAAUUAUUACAAGAGUUCCUCUCAGCAUCUUAAACCAAUUACCUGGACAGAGUUUUUUCCUACAUUAAACUAAGUUUUAUUUUUUUAAGGGGUCUUAAAAAUCCCCUGUAGGUCAAUGAAUCUUAUAGUAAUCAAAUAAUGGCAAGUGUUUCAACAUAAACCGUGUUUCCCUGUGAUCCUAUUAGCUGCUUCAGAAAAGAUGACUUGAACCCAAAGUCACUAACAGAAGAAAAUCAUUUUUUGGUUGAAUUAUUCUUAUUGUCAUGUGUUGGAUGCCAGGUGGAGCAGCUGAUCAUGGCACCAGCUCUUUGGAGCUGAUCAUGGUUGCUCUGGAUCAAGGAAACACAGAACUGUCAGUGUAAUCUUGCCAUGCACAUUAGUGGGUAGUCCUACUGAAAACGAAGUAAUGUGAAUAGAAAAAAGCCCCGUUAGCACUUUUUAAACAAAAAUUGUUCUAAAACGCUGUUUAAGACUUUGUGCUUUAGUAGGCGUCCCAACAAUUUGUUGGUGCUGAUAGUAAAUAUUCCUAAAGGCACGUUGAUUCUUCCUGAAUUGAAACGUGGCUUAGGAAAACCAACUAUCAGACUCGUAGGCCAGCAGCAGACUGGACUCAUGUCCCAUGCUCCAGCUCUUUUGAAAGAAUUUUAAAGCAUCUUGAGUCAGUCAAGAGCAAAGCAAGUUACGCUUGGCCCAUACAGUAUAAAUCAUUCCUUGAGUGGGCUGGAGCGUGGGCAGUGCUGGGCAAAAUCAAAGGACAAUGUCACAUUUGUCCUUCUUUUGUUUCAGUCAUUUCAGUAGUGGGUGGGGUUUUGGUUUUGUUGUUGGGAAUGCUUGCUGCAAAAGAAGCAUUGUAGUAACUUGUAGGCUGCUUCCAACUCGUCAGAAUAUUGGUUUAAUUUCAUGGGAUUGAAAAAUUGGAUUUUUCAAACCUUGUCCUUCUGAACUACAUCAGCCUUGGGUUGUAUAUUUGUCCUUACAAGGAGGGAUGUGUUAUGAACAAGCAAAGGCAAGCAGCUGUAGAAGAAAGAAAAAGCCCAAUGCUUUCUAUCUUUACGAAAGGCUUUUAAGCAGCUGGUGUUUUCAGGCUACCAUCAAUUAGUGAUAUAAACACACACCCCAUACAGACAUAAUGAACUAUUCUUGGAGUGUUUUAGUUCUUAAGGGUUUUGCUGAUUUCUGCUGUGAACAGUGAGCAGCUACAACUUCAAGUAGCUUAACUGUGAGAACUAUAAAGCCUUGUUUUGAGGGGACGAACUUUUAUCUCUGAAGGCAAGGUACACAGGCCCAGAGUCCUCCAUUGAUUUUCAAUGGUAUUGUUCCAGAGGGCGCUAAAUAUGAAGAAUUGUCAGUGUUGAGCUUAAGUGGUGCUGGGAUUCCUUUUAGGGAAUGUAGUACAGUAAGGCCAUAGCUGCCUGCAGGACGGGAGCUCGUUAGCCAGGGCAGACUGGAAUCCUUAGCCUUCCUUGUGUCAGCGGUUCAGUGCUUUCCUUGUUCAAAAGGGGAACGUUGCUCAGUGUCAGCUGAGGGGGGAACACAAUUCUCUUCAAGCCUUAACAGUGGCUGAAACACACAGUACUGUAAGAUGCACUGCCAGCAUAUUUGGUAUUUUAAGACAAGAUAUAGUUUUUCCUUAGAGAUCAAAUUCUAGUAUUGAAAUACGAAGUCUUACUGUAUGCAGUUUACUCUCGCAUUGUUUUUGGAACCGAAUCCUAGCGCUCACGUUUCAUAUUGAACACAGUCUUAGGGAAGUCAUCAUCUUCAUUUUGCAGAAGGUGUUGUUUGUGAUGGUCAGUUUAUAUUCCUGCCUUGUGGACUUCACAGCUGUAGGCAUUGCCAUAAGCCUGCGUGGCCAAAUUAACUCGUACUUUCCUUCCAUUGUCAUUAACAUCCCACUUGUACUAGAGGAUGUAAUAAUACCCAUUGGACUUCUCUAGAUUAGAUUAAAGAAACUUGCUGCUAUAUUUGGAAACCUGGUAUGGGGUCAUGGUAAUUGUGCCUUGCAUCAAUGUUACUUCUGUGUGCCAGCAUCGUCCGUGUAUAUUUAAAAUAAUCAUUAAAAUAAAAUGAUUGAAAGUUCUUUCAUAAAAGGAGAGGACAGCUCUAUACCUGGAGCCAGAUGUUGCUUUACCACUGCAAUAUUAUUAACACUUCUACUUUCAUGCAGUCCCAAGGCAAGGUAUCCCAAUAUUACUCUUACAUAAAACUACUCUUUGGUGUCACUUAAAACCCAUGUAAUGUAGAGCUUAUGCCAGUACGUGCAAAAUAGCUGCAGUAAGAGUUAUGCUACAUAGACUUGUUGCAGUUAAACUUAAGUUACAGAUGUACAAUUGUUUGUAGGAAUGUACUGCAAAAGUAUUUGAACAAAACCGCUAACAUGUUUACUGGUGUAAAUAUUUUAAUAAAAAAAAGACUCUUCAAACUCUUUUUUACACAAUUAUCUACAAUAAAGAGAAAUUUACAACCA